GCAGCUGUGCUAGGGACACAGGGGAGGGGGCUGCUGUGACAGUUCCCUGGGGCAGAACCUCCUGUGGAAGCCCCACAUCCUGAAUGGGAGGGGUGCGGCUGGAAGGAGAAUUUAGAGGAUCAUGGGUUGGGAUGAGUGAGGAACUAGAGAUCCAGGAAGAGAUGACUGACAAAGAGGUCGUCAGUGCCCAGAUACCAGAGUCGGGAAGGCCGCAGUACCUGGAGCUGCGCCCAGCUACUCCAGGAGGGGGUGCCCCUGGCCAACAGCUCCCGGCGUCCAGGUCUUCUGAUGGCCUGGGGCUGGCCGGCGCCUGGAGCUGGGCCUGGCCAGCUAACCACACGGGGGCGCUGACCCAGGCAGGGGUGGCCGGGGCGCUGCCGGCUCAGCGCACUAAGAGGAAGCCGUCCAUCAAAGCCGCACGAGCCAAAAAGAUCUUCGGCUGGGGGGACUUCUACUUUAGAGUGCAUACCCUCAAGUUCUCGCUGCUGGUGACCGGCAAGAUCGUGGACCAUGUGAAUGGUACUUUCAGUGUGUAUUUCCGCCACAACUCCUCCAGUCUGGGCAACCUCAGUGUCAGUAUUGUGCCACCUUCUAAGCGUGUGGAGUUCGGGGGCGUCUGGCUGCCUGGGCCUGCCUCCCACCCACUACAGUCUACGCUGGCCCUGGAGGGGGUGCUUCCUGGGCUGGGGCCCCCUUUAGGGAUGGCGGCAGCUGCGGGACCGGGGCUUGGGGGCACCCUUGGGGGCGCACUGGCAGGUUCACUAGGCAGCGCUCUGGGAGUGCCCGGGGCCAAAGAAUCACGCGCUUUCAAUUGCCAUGUGGAAUAUGAGAAGACAAACCGCGCUCGGAAGCACCGCCCGUGCCUGUACGACCCGUCGCAGGUGUGCUUCACUGAGCACACGCAGAGCCAGGCCGCCUGGCUCUGUGCCAAGCCCUUCAAAGUCAUCUGUAUCUUCGUCUCCUUCCUCAGCUUUGACUACAAACUGGUGCAGAAGGUAUGCCCAGACUAUAACUUCCAAAGCGAACACCCUUACUUUGGAUAGUGCCCCUGGCCCGGCCCUGAACAUCCCGCCAAAUCCCAUCCUCUGUAAGUGGGACUCCUCCCGAUAUCCCUCCGCUCCCGUGGUCUGCUCCACUCCUGCUGCGGAGUGGGGCGGAAGGGGACAGCCCUCAUCAGCCAGUGUUUCCCUUGUCCUUGUGGGGAGUGCCCAUGAGGCUGUAACUCCCUCAGAUACACCCUAAUGUGGAGAGAGAAGGGCGCAGCCCUAGAAUGGGCGGGGUUUGGAGGUGGUAUACCAGGGUCCUCUUAGUCCACACUGGAUCCCCUUUUUGCUUCUGGCGCUGGGCUGGGCACUCCCUUUGCGCGUAGCUUUAAUAACAGCUUUAAUAACACCUGGCCUGGCACCCUUAUCCCACCCAGACAUUCUGGCCCCCAAGCGCUUGUUCUCCUGUGCCCCUGGUAAAGACUAAAGGUCUAUUUACCCCCUGGCCUAUCCUUAUCCCUCUCUGCCUGCCGUUUGCCUGUCCCUUUUUCCUCCCAACCUCGCAGAAGCAGAACUCCUAAGCAGGGGCGCUCAGCCCGGCCCCUGCCCUCUGCUUGCUUCCCUCUUGUCAGUGCAGUCCAGUUCCACCUGCCCUCUCUGGCUGCUUCCUCUCGGCGAUAUUUUUUUUUCUAUGCCAUAACAGACGGGAAAGGGAACAAAAUAAAGUGAAAUCCAAUACGUGUCUGUGUGAGACCUUUGUAGGGAAGAGGGAGACAGAUGUGGAUUUCUGUCUGAUAGAGACUUGGCCAGGGCCUCCUCCAUCGUGGCUGAUGGAGAAACUGAGGCAAAGGUGACAGAGCUAGCACCUUGGAGGUCAUCCAAGACUGGAUCACAGAGAAAUGUAUCAGACCCUUGGAGUAAGAACUCUCCCUGGGGUGGGGAUUCCCCUCUCUGCAGAGGGCAAAACGAAGCUGUUGCAGAUAGAAUGAGUGUUAGACCUGAGUGGGAACUACCAACGCACUAUUUGGGAUGACUUGAAAAAGAGGGAGAUUCAGGGACAGAAUAGGCAGAGCGCUAACAACCUGCUAAGCUCCGCGGGGCUUGGAGGAGGAGGUAGCUUGGAAGGGAGGGGGAACAGUGUUUGCGGCAUCUGGAGUCAUCGAUCUUCCUUUUCCUUCCUAAUUUCGUGGGCGCUGAGUUUGCAGACGGACGAAGAAGGGAGGGAGCGUUGGGAUGACGAGAUGGGGGAAGGGAUGAGCGCGGGUUUGGAGGGCGGGGCCUCGUCGCUGCUGCUAGCCGCCAGCAAACACAGCCCCUUUCAGCCAGCUGCCCACCCUCUCCACCCGCGCCUUCAGCUCCCUCCUGCAGCCUCUGCUGCUAAUUUUAUCCGCCCCCAACCCUGGCCCGGGCGCUAAUUGGCUGCGGCUUCAUUAGCAGUUCUCAGCUCAGCAGCCCCCCUCCCCUUGGGACCCCCGUGACUGGGGUAAGAAGGGGUGCAGACAAGCUGAGGCACAGAGGAACAACUCCUCUUCAUCCUGCUUUCUUUCUGAGAAGUGCGGGGUCAAGAUGCCCACAGGCAGAGAUCAGUGUUCACCAAGGGAUUGCCCACUGGCUCUGGCCUGACAAUGACUCCCCAACAUGCCUGAGAGUGAAAAGUUGGUGAGCAGAAAGUAUAUAUCAGAUGGAUGAAUGGAUAAAUAAUGGGAUCAAGUGAAAGAAGGAAGAUGGAGAGAGGUUCUGGGUUAGAGAUUGGAGGAAGAAGAGCAAAGAAGUCUCUUUACACAAGGCUUAUUGCUGAGAACACCUGGAAAAGCUGAGAGCCAGAGUGGGAAGGAAGUUAGAUCUAGGGAGGGACUCUGAGGCCUGAUAUGAAAGACAUGUAUGAAUGGAAUCAGCAAGUUAGCCCAUCUAGGCCUCAAUCUCCCCAACUGUAAAGACAUAAUAAAUAAAAAAGUCACAUUGCACCUGU